AUGAAAGUUGCAAUUUGUGGAGGUGGAAUUGCUGGAUUGAGUACUGCAUUCUAUUUAUCGAGGUUGAUUCCAACAUGUCAAAUUGAUUUAUAUGAGCGAGACUCAAGAUUAGGAGGUUGGCUUCAAUCUGUCAAGAUACCAACUUCAACCUCUCCUACAGGAAAUGUGUUAUUCGAACAAGGACCGAGGACUCUACGCCCUUCUGGCUUGGCUGGUUUGGCAACAGUGGAUUUAUUAAAGCAAUUGAAGAUGGAAAAAGGUAUCAAACCAAUACUAAAAGAUUCACCAAGUGCAAAAAAUAAAUAUAUAUAUUAUCCAAACAGGCUGAAUGCCGUUCCAUCUAGUGGAUUUCAGGCUCUUAAAUCUGUUAUGCAACCUGCUCUUCGAGCAGUACCAUUUGCUCUUUUGCGAGAUCUGUUUCAAAAAAAGAAAAUUGAUAAUGAAGAUGAAAGUAUAGGAUCUUUUAUGGAAAGGCGAUUUGGGAAAAUGUUUACUCACCGAUUAAUGAGUUCAUUAAUUAAUGGAAUAUAUGCUGGCGACUUACAUUCUCUUUCUCUACAAUCUACUAUGUUUGGUUUUUUAGCAGAUGUCGAAAGGAAAUAUAGAAGCGUUAUUUUAGGAAUGGUCUUAGCCUCGAUUCGUGGAGAACUGUUGACUGAAAACCAAAAACUAUUAAGGACAUCUUUACUGAAGAAUGAAGAUACUAAAGAACUUUUCAAAUCUCUACAAUCUUCUUCAAUGAUAUCCCUUGAAAAUGGAAUCGAAAGCAUAGUCUCGCACUUGAAUGCCUUUUUCGAUGCUUCUUCAAAUGUGAAAGUUCGUUUCAACCAACCAGUUACAAGAUUAGCGCUGUCCGCUUCAAAUGAGAAAGUUGAAGUUAACAAUUGCCAGUAUGAUUACUCAGUCUUCGCUAUGCCCUCAAAUCAAUUAUCAGAGUUAUUGCCUUCCCCUGCUAUGAGCACUCCAACUAGUAGUGUUUACGUUGUAAACUUAUUUUACCAGGACGCCUCUGUACUAAACUAUAAAGGAUUUGGGUAUUUAGCACCUCUUCGUUUACCAAAUAACCCGAACCAUAUAUUAGGUGUUGUCUUUGACAGUGAACAAAAUAAUCCUGAACAGGGGACAAAACUUACCGUUAUGAUGGGGGGCUCUAACUAUGCUUACGACCCAAAAUCUAUUCCAACAACACCAGAAAAAGCCAUCAGUUAUGCAAAAGAAGCUGUAAAGCAGUCCUUAAGCAUACAUGCAUCCCCGGACGUUGCGAAUGCAACUUUACAACGGAACUGUAUUCCCCAAUACAUGGUAGGCCAUCAACAUCAGUUGGACAAAGUUCAAUCAUGGAUCGACGACAAUCUCCGGGGGCGACUUUAUCUUACUGGAAGCUGGUACAAUGGAGUUAGUAUAGGAGAUUGCAUUUUAAACGGUUAUAAAACAGCACAAGAAAUUGCCCUUAAAGGACAAUAA